GCAGAAGCGAAAAGGGAAAGGAAUCUGCGGUGACGCGAGGAAAGGAAGGCGAAGAGGCGGCAGCCGCGGGAGAGGCACAUGCUCUGCUGCUGCUGCUGCUGCUGCGAACUGAAAAGCGUCGGGCUGACACCUUGUCUCUGCCUACUCUUUGGCUAAUCGGAGGAUGUGCGGAUGAGCUUACGCUGUUAUGCUCUCGGUUUCACUGAGUCUCCCAAGGGACCGAUCUGGUGACAGAAUGACCUGGGUUUGCCUGUCUUGCAUGCUUUGGCCUGAGGACCUUGAAGCAUCCACAUCCCACACCUUCAAAGUGAAGAGCUUCAAGAAAGUGAAACCAUGUGGGAUAUGCCGUCAGGCUAUUACCCGGGAGGGUAGCACCUGCCGAGGUUGUAAGCUCUCCUGUCACAAGAAAUGUGAAGCCAAGGCUGCCACGCCUUGCAUGCCUGCUGGCAAUCAUGAGCUGCCAUCCACUGAGGAGAAUCCUGCGAAGCACGUAGACACCCCGGUGUUUGCCAAGUCCCCCAAAAUUAUUCAGACACGACGUAAACCCUCAAGGAGCUUGAGCCUAAAUCAGGCCAUGGAGGACACUUGUGAACUAGACCUGGUUUAUGUCACGGAACGGAUCAUUGCCGUCAACUUUGCAAGUUUGUCGGAGGAGCAGACCUUCUGCAGCAACCUGAAGGAGGUGGCGCAAAUGCUUAAAUCCAAGCAUGGGGACAGUUACCUGCUUUUUAACCUGUCAGAGAGGAGACAUGACAUCAGCAAGCUCCAUUCCAAGGUGCUGGAUUUUGGAUGGCCCGACUUGCACACACCUGCCCUGGAGAAGAUAUGCAGCAUCUGCAAGGCCAUGGAUACAUGGCUCAAUGCUGAUCCUCACAAUGUGGUGGUUCUUCACAAUAAGGGGAACAGAGGCCGGACAGGGGUAGUUAUUGCCGCCUACAUGCACUACAGCAACAUUUCAGCCAGUGCCGACCAAGCCUUGGACCGGUUUGCCAUGAAGAGGUUCUACGAGGACAAGGUGAUCCCAGUGGGGCAGCCAUCACAGAAGAGGUAUGUCCAUUACUUCAGUGGUUUGCUGUCUGGCACCAUCAAAAUGAAUAACAAGCCCCUCUUCCUGCAUCAUGUCAUCAUGCAUGGAAUCCCCAACUUUGAGUCUCAAGGAGGCUGCCGGCCCUUCCUCAAGAUAUACCAGGCUAUGCAGCCUGUCUACACAUCUGGAAUCUACAAUGUCCAGGGAGACAGCCAGACCAGCAUCUGCAUCACUAUAGAGCCUGGGCUACUCUUAAAGGGAGACAUCUUGCUGAAAUGCUAUCACAAAGAGUUCCGUAGCCCAACACGAGAUGUGAUCUUCCGAGUGCAGUUCCAUACCUGUGCCAUUCAUGACCUGGCUAUUGUCUUCAAUAAAGAGGACUUGGACGAUGCCUUUAAAGAUGAACGGUUUCCAGAGUAUGGGAAGGUGGAGUUUGUGUUCUCCUAUGGCCCUGAGAAGAUUCAAGGCAUGGAGCAUCUUGAGAACGGCCCCAGUGUCUCAGUGGACUACAACACCUCAGAUCCACUCAUCCGCAGGGACUCCUAUGAAAACUUCAACAUCCGCCGUGAAGACAGCAUGGAAGAGGUUGGGCACACCCAAGGACCUCUGGAUGGUAGCCUCUAUGCCAAGGUGAAGAAGAAAGACUCACUCCACGGCAGCACCGGCACUGUCAACACCAACCGCAUUACUCUCUCAGCUGCGCCCAACCACAUUGAGCACACACUCUCGGUCAGCAGUGAUUCAGGAAACUCUACUGCUUCCACCAAGACAGACAGGACUGAUGAGCAGGCAGUGUCCACAGUCCCCAGCAGCAGUGGAGGAAACAAUCCUAUACUAACCCCUGAGGAGAAGCAGGAGCUCGAGAGUUUGCUCAGUGGCUUUGGGUUGGAAAACGAAGCCACCAUGCAUAACCACAACCCCAGUGGAGGAGCAGUGGUCGCCUCCACUGCAUCUGGCUGCCACAUCAUUCCAGCUCAGGUGCACGUCAAUGGGGAAGCCGCCAGCUUGGUGGCUGAGAGGGAAACGGACAUUUUGGACGAUGAGUUGCCCAACCAGGACGGGCAUAGUGUGGGAAGCCUGGGUACCCUCUCAUCGUUCGAUGGCACCACCAACACUAGUGACAUGGGAUACCAUGAGGCCCCCCGGAUGGAGAGCCUUACCUCCUUGCCCAAUGGGUCAUCCAACUUCAAUGGCAUAGACAAGCUGCAUGAUUCAGAGACGGUGAUCAAUGGUGGCUACCCCUACAACAAUCAGAACUCCUUGCGGAGCAUGAUGGGACGUCACCCCCAGGAUCCCUACGGGCACAUCCGUCCUUCAGUGUCUGCCCAGGAAAAUUUGGCUGACUAUUAUCAGCAUGGCUUCCCCACUCCUGGCUGGUUACAACUCCAGCCACCAGCCUCCAGCCAGCAGUGCCCAUAUGGCUAUGACCCAAACAGCAUAUACCGGUCACAGUCUUUCCCCACAGCUACUGCUGAGACCCCACAGCUCCCCCAGGCACCAGCCCGGAGCACGAGUAGCCGGGAAGCUGUCCAGAGGGGACUUAACUCUUGGCAACAGCAAAGUGGAGGCAGCAGACCACCUUCCCGUCAACAAGAUGGAGGCUGUGAGAGCCAAAGUCCCAGCAUUUCCAGUGCAAGCCCUCAGCCCAGCCCUUCACAAGCAGCACCGCCUCAAAGCAUCAGCAUCCCUGAAUUCCCCAGGGUGGCCUCUCAGAAGGAAAUAGAGCAGUCAAUUGAGGCCCUCAACAUGCUAAUGCUUGACCUGGAUCCCUCUGUCUCCAUGAUGCACAAAUCCCAGAGUGUCCCGGUGUCCUCCAGAGAAGAUAAGCCACGCCCAGUGGCUCUUUCAGUGUCUGCUCAGCCUGUGACUGGCCCUCAGGUGGUGCAGCCAAAGUCUCUCAAUCCUUUUGGCCCUAUUCCAGGAAGCCCUUCACACAACUCCAUGGGCACCUCUGUGGCCCAGUUGCCUGAACCAGCAUCUAAAGCUCAUCCCACAAAAUUAUUGCUCCACAAUGCUGGAGAGCCAGAGUACCCAGUGCAGGAUUACAGAGAGGCCUAUUCGCCCUAUGGCUAUCAGAACCAGCAGCCAACUGUAUCACAAGCAAGGAGCUAUGGCCAGACUGCAGGAAGCCCUCCUACAUCUCCUAGGCCUCGUGCCAUGGCACAUCCCCUGCUGACAUCACCCCCAUCUCCCGUGAUGACAGUUCAAGCCCAGGUACCAAUAAAGGAUGCAGAGAAUUUUGAAGAACCUUCUCGGCCCUCUGAGGAAGAGCCUCUGCACCUUGAAGGUCUGGUGGCCCAGAGGGUAGCAGACUACAACGCCAAACUCCGGGACAUCCGGAAGAGCAUGAAAAGCCCCCAUCCUCCUCUUCAUCGACAGCGAUCCUUCUCCUUUUCUGGAGUACAGUCACCACGGGAGAAGUUGCCAGAAGAAACUGAAGCUCCCAUCAGGAGACGUACAACCAGUGAAGGCCAGUAUGAGAACAGUCCCCAGGACUCUAGUUCACCACGAAGCCCCACAGUUCGUUCUCCAGUUCACUGUGUCUCACCAGAGGUAGUCAGCACCAUCGCUGCCAACCCUGGAGGAAGGCCCAAGGAGCCCCAUCUCCACAGCUACAAGGAGGCCUUUGAAGAGAUGCAGGGAACCCCUCCAAGCAGUCCACCCUCCAGUGGUGGUGAGACCUCUCCCCCAACCCCUGCCUUCCCUGUCUCACCACAAACCCCUUACAGUAACCUGUUGCGAUCUCCACCAGGACUGGCUAAAACUCCGCUGUCAGCACUGGGCCUAAAACCUCAUAACCCAGCUGAGAUCUUGUUGCAGCAGACGGGAGAACUAAAUGGGGAGACAGUAGCUGAAUCUGACAGAGAGCCCCGGAGCUAUGUGGAAUCAGUGGCCCGUACAGCAGCAGCAGGUGGGGGUGGCGGCAGUGGCAGCUCUGUUGGGAAGCCUCAGACAUCCCUAGCACCACAGGCCUACAACACCGAGACAACAUCAAUGAGGAAUGGGUCCCUUCCCAAUUCCUUCACUUCGCCAAGCCCUGUUGCUGCCAGCAGCCCAGUGCACAGCAUGGAUGGGAUCUCUAUAAGUAGCUACCCUUCUGAGAACAGUACCAGCAUAGCCAUACCUUCCCAGCCAUCUGCUGAGUCCAGCUUCCAAUCCACCAAUCUUUCUCAGGGGCUGUCGCCACACAGCAGCUACCAAAACACAUCUACAUCAACUCAGGGCCUCCCAGCCUAUAUGAGUACCGACUUCCCCGAUGGCCGAGCCAGCACUCAACAAGAUAGCCACCCAAGGCCUCAGCCCCAAGUCAAUGCAGUUGGGGUCCAGAUUAUGCCUGGAAGCCCCCACUCUCUCCACAGAACAGUAGCCACCAACACUCCCCCUAGCCCUGGAUUUGGGCGAAGAGCUGUCAAUGCCAACAUGGUAGCUGCUCCAGGAAGCCCAAGUAUGAGCAGGCACUUAAUGGGGCCACAUGGCAACCUCGUUGCAACACCUGGGAGUCCAAAUCUUAAUCGGCACCAGCCUGUAAUGGGAGGCAGCGCAUCCACAGUCUCUGGGAGUCCCAACUUGGAUCGGCACAUCAUAUAUGGAUACUCAACUCCAGAGGAGAAGCGCCCAACGCUGUCCCGCCAAAGCAGUGCCUCAGGUUAUCAAGCUCCCUCUACCCCAUCUUUUCCUGUUUCCCCAGCCUACUACCAUGGAGUUAGUAGCCCACAUUCCUCUUCCCCUGACUCAGCAGUCUACCGGCAAGGCAGUCCCACCCCAACCCAACCACUGCUCCCAGAAAAGAGAAGGAUGUCAUCGGGGGAUCGGUCCAACAGUCUGCCUAACUAUGCCACAGUGAAUGGCAAGACCUCUUCGCCCAUCUCCAGUGGUAUGUCCAGUCCCAGCAGUGGGAGCAGCAUGGCCUUUCAUCAUACUCUGCCAGAUUUCUCCAAAUUCUCGAUGCCAGAUAGCAGCCCUGAGACUAGAGCUAACGUGAAGUUUGUCCAGGAUACCUCCAAGUACUGGUACAAGCCAGAGAUCUCCAGGGAGCAAGCCAUUGUGCUGCUGAAAGACAAGGAACCUGGGGCUUUUAUCAUUCGAGACAGCCACUCCUUCCGGGGUGCCUAUGGAUUGGCCAUGAAAGUUGCUUCUCCUCCUCCUGGUGUUUUACAACAGAGCAAGAAAGGAGAUAUCACUAAUGAGCUGGUUAGGCACUUCCUGAUAGAAACUAGCCCUAAAGGUGUGAAACUAAAAGGAUGCCCCAAUGAACCAAAUUUUGGUUGCUUGUCAGCUCUGGUGUACCAGCACUCCAUCAUGCCUCUGGCCUUGCCCUGCAAGCUGGUCAUUCCUAAUCAAGAUCCCAUGGAUGAGACAAAAGAGAUGACCUCAUCGAGCAACUCAGCAACAGGCUUGCUCAAACAGGGAGCAGCCUGCAAUGUGCUCUUUAUUAACUCAGUGGAGAUGGAAUCGUUAACAGGGCCACAGGCCAUCGCCAAAGCUAUCACUGAGACACUGGCCGCUGACACCCCACCGUCUGCCACCAUUGUCCACUUCAAAGUUUCGACGCAAGGAAUCACCUUAACAGACAACCAGAGGAAGCUGUUCUUCAGACGACAUUAUCCCAUCACCAGUGUCACCUUCUGUGAUGUGGAUCCACAGAAGAGAAAGUGGACUAAGUCAGACAGUGAUGGCUCUGCAAAACUCUUUGGCUUUGUGGCUCGGAAGCAAGGCAGUACAACGGACAACGUGUGCCAUCUCUUUGCUGAGCUGGACCCCAAUCAACCAGCUGGCGCCAUUGUCAACUUUGUUUCCAGGGUCAUGCUCGGCUCUGCUCAGAAGAGAUGAACUGACACCUUCCCCUUGAAGGCAGCUUCUUGCCCUUGAAUUUUGAAGAAGGACUUGGAGUUGUUCCGAGAACGAGUGCGAGGAAGUGCAUUGUGAGAGAGGGAAGUGAACCAAUGGGGGUGGGAGAAAGAUGGAGAGGGGAAAAGGUCUGAAUUGCUGGAAAGCCCAAACCAACCAAAUGUCCGUACAUAGCAGAAACCAAGGAACUGACACCAUCGCCUUUCCCUGCCAAGUUCAAGAGGUGGAGACAAUUUUGGCUUUUUGGAUCAGCAUGAAAUCAGAGAAUUCAGCCCCACUGGCCAAAGCACGGAUCUUAUUAACUUUUGUGGGGUAGGACUAUAUAGUAGUUGCUUGUUUAGAAAAUAAGGCAAACUUUUUAAAAUCAUGUAUACGUGAGCUGCAGGAAUCACAUUGAGAGACAUGCCAAACAAGCAAUUAUUGGUACCCCUUUCUGAAAGUAAUUGCUCCCAACUCUUCAACUGCUGAAUAUAUGGGGUGUGUGGAUGUGUGCCUGGGUGUGCGCAUUUGUGUGGUGUGCACAUGUUCUGAUGAGUAUCUGUGGAAAUUUGCAAUGUUAGGGUCAUGCCUCUGCUGAGUUUCAAGUGAGGGUUAUUCAGAAUUGUUGGCACCAAUAUUCUCCCCUUCUUCCGAGAAGAUAGGCCUCCAUUACUCCAGCUAGAGGACGUCCUAGCAGUGCAAGAUGUACUAUGGAGGUGAGAAGUUCUGAUUUUAACCAAUAGAGUCACACACGUGCACACACCCCAAUAUGAGUGCACAUGCAUGUGCACAUAUAAUUUGUAUACCAGAGUUGCAGAGGAAGGAGUCCUGCCCAGCUAAUUUCAAGAGUAUGCUAGCCAAAUCAAAAGAGUAUCUUCUAGUUUCUAUGCAAAGAGGUCCAUGGUAGAUCAUAUGAACAGGAAAACUGUCCUAUCACCUCUGUCCCUAAAAUUUGAAAAUACUAGCACUUUGGGAGUGCCAUUUCUUUCCUGUGUAAGGGAAAAACAACCCUGUCCAAGUUUAUCCCUUCUCCUUUGGAAGACAUGCACGUUUUCUAUCUUACUUGGAAAUUACUCAGUUACGCAAAGGCAAAAUGAAUGAUUUGGUGAUGGGGAGGGGGGAGAUUUUAUUUUGAAGCCACUAAGAAUAAUGAUUUAAAAAGACCCAGGUUGGUGUGAGCUUUGGCUUAAGCAUGGCCAUACCUGUUCCAAAAACCAGUGGCCAUAGCUGGUUAAUCUAUAUCCAUUUGGGGCUCCAAAUUUGGUUUUUAGCAGAAUUAGUUCAUUGUUUUGCCGCAUUAAGCUUUGCAUUUGCUUCUGGAAGCAUCAAGCAUCAGAUCUUGCACUGACCCGCUAGCCCAUAGUUAGCAAUGUUGACUGACAUUUGUUGUGGAUAGGGAGGCAGUUCCUACCUUGCAAAUCAUUUCCUGCACAGCAAAUUCCAUAGCAAAUGAGGUAGUUUUGUGGCAACUGCAGAGGAACUAUGUCUUUUUCUGCUAACAUCACAAAUCCGUCUUUCUGCUAGCAUGACUUCUGGCAUUCCUAAUUGAGGGCGAAGGUGCACAGAAUUGCUGUCUAUUCCCUAAUGGCUCUGGGUAAGGAAAGCAGGAGAUAUUUGUUUGGCUGUGGAGGGAUUCUUCUAUUGCCUAGGAUUCCUAUAGCAUUGUGGGAGUUUCUUAUCAUCCUCUCAAGCAUCUACAGCUGGCAAAUCCCACAUGCUGAAUGGACAAAUAGAUGUUCCCACUUGUCAAAUCCUUUGGGUUUAUUGUGAAUUCUUCAACUUCUACUUAACCUAGAGUCAAGGCUCCUGCUGAAAGCGAGUCACUUUUGGCUUGCUUUGUCAGCUGGUCCAAUGGGGACUGGUCAAAAGCUUCUGAAGAGACAAGCAUGCAUGGCAAUAACUUGAGCCAACAAAUACAGAGCAUGUGGGCUGUAAGCCCUUCACAUCCUUUGCUGAUAACACUGAAUGGGACUCAAUAGCGCACAGUUUGGGUGGGUUGGACUGAUGCCCUCCAAGAGGUUUCUCCACUAAAAGCAAUUGAUGAAAAGCUUCUUCCCCUAAAAUUCCCUCAAGAUAUCUGAUAAAACAGAACCUGAAAUAGCGAGGGAAGGUCUUUAGGGAUAGGCCAUGCGUUGAUGAGAUACUUCAAUAUGAAGUCAUGCAGCAUUCACUUAAAGUCGAAAUGUGACUUCCAAGUUAUGUAGACACCUAAAUUCUCCUAGAGAGUAUGGCUCUCUCAUUGCCUUGAUAUAAUAUAUAUAUAUGUAUGUAUGUAUGUAUGUAUGUAUGUAUGUAUGUAUGUAUGAAAUAUACUGACAAAAUAAUGUAAGGUAAUCAAAAAAAAAUUAAGUGAAAUUUACACAAAAAGUAUUUAUUUUUUGCCAUAAUUCUUUUAAUCUGUCUUAUACCUCCUCUGAUAUUUGCAUCUCCCUCCAUAACCCCCCCACCCCAGUCUAUAUUAUAGACUUUUGUAUGUAUAAGUUAGUGCAAAGUGCUUAUUUGGUUAGUAUUAUUGACAUGGGCAAGGUUUCAAAAGAUUAUGUCCAUCCCUUCUCCUGAGCCCCCUAAAAGCAAUAUAUUUUGAUAUUAUGCUACAGGGCAGUGCAAGAAUAUGAACAUUUCCCAUCCCCACCACCUCAUUUUUAGUAAUGAGCAAGUGAGCAUAUAUAAAUUAGUGCUUCAUUGCUGAGUGAUGCAAGGGUUAGCGGUGUGCAUAUGUGUGAAAGUGUGUGGAGAGAGAUGUAUUUCUGGAUACUGUAUAAAGCAUGAGUUUUGCAUCCAAGAGCUAUUGUUCAGACAGUCCCUUGGAUGGAGUGGGAGCAUCAGUUUUUGGUGUUAUUGUCCAGGCUCUGUCCCAUCCAGAUGGGACACUGGAGACUGUGAUAGCUUAUUAUCUUCUAGGUUGCAAAUAAUUCCCUCCUUCUGCAAAAUUCAAGCAAGGUAAUUCCCUUCCCUCACCUGCGACUGUCUCACCCUGCCAUUAACCAAUUAGAGAAACACUGUGUCUAUAGAUAUAUAUAUAAAUAUUAUAAAUAUAUAUAUUUUUUGAAAGUC